AAAUAAACUCACAUUGUGUCACAACUGUUUGGAAUGGAAUAUUAGAAAUAUUUUUUUUUAAUGAAAAUUCGGUUUAUGAACUUCCACGAAUGUGUUUCACUGCGUUGUAUGUAAGUCCAAAUGCGUCCGGAAAUGCCGAAAGCACGAGCAACACCGUGUUACUAUCAUGUUGUAUAGAAAAAAAACCUUCGUGAAGUUCUAAAGUCAGUGGUGUCAUCGUUUGAAAAUCUUAAAAAAUAAAUUCUACAAGGAUAAAGCGCAUUUUAAAGGUUGAAACUUAUAAAUAAGGGAAUAACAUCACGAUAAAUUUUGACAAUCAAGUUGGAGAAAGAGGUUAUGGCGAAAUACUUGAUACAAAUAGUUAUAAUGGGCACGCGAGUCGUCGGCAAAGCAUUUGCACGAGCAUUGCAACAAGAAAUUGCAGCAAGUCAAGAAGCUGCGCGCAGAGCAGGCGGUGGAAAAAGAGGUGCUCAACAUGCAGCAGCUAAUUCCAGAACUGGAAUUACCUUAGAUGAAGCAUUACAUAUCCUGAAUGUUGAACGACUGGAUCAAACAGAAGCUAUCGAGCGUAAUUAUAAGCAUCUCAUGGAGGUUAAUGACAGAUCUAAAGGUGGUUCUUUUUAUAUUCAGUCGAAAAUAGUGCGUGCCAAAGAACGUAUCGAUGAGGAACUAAGUAAUCAAAAUAUUCCUCCCCCAAAAGAAAGUUCUGUACGACAAGAUAGCACUAAAGAACUUUAGUUGAUGUUUCUGUAGUCUAAAUUGAAUUAUUACAUCCUCAAAGUCUGUAUAUACACAUUUAGCGAUCUACAUUUUAAUUAUAAAUAAAUAUUAUGAAACAUGUAAUUGAUCAAAAUUGCCAUAACUGUAUUUUGUUAUUAGCUAAAAUAUUAAACU